CACGAACAUGAGGCAUUAGGAGAGUGGAAUCAAACCUAUGAAAUCGGGAAGUCGGCAUUAGGAGACUGGAAUCAAACCUAUAACAUUGGGAAGUCGGCAUUAGGAGAGUGGAAUCAAACCUUUAAUAUUGGGAAGUCGGCAUUAGGAGAGUGGAAUCAAACCUAUAAUAUUGGGAAGUCGGCAUUAGGAGACUGGAAUAAUACCUAUAAUAUUGGGAGCGAGCAAGUCAGCCAUAAUUUGGGCUGUGAUGCCGCCUCGCGGCGUCGUCUGCCUGCUGCUGCUUGUGGGCUUAGGAACUGUGAGCCCUCAGCGCUCCUUCAAGAGUCCACGCAAUCCCAGCAACACGGUCAUCGAAGUCGCGGAAUGCAGAAUGGACCAGUUCAAGUGCAACGAUGGCUCCUGCAUCGAGAACUUCCAGCGAUGCGACACCUUUCCUGACUGCCUGGGGGGCGAGGACGAGAACAACUGCCGAUGUCAGCCCACGAACUUCGAAUGCAUCAGCGGUAUGUGUAUCGACGGCGACAAACACUGCGAUGGAUUUGAUGACUGCGAUGAUGGAUCCGACGAAUUCACUUGCGCCGGUCCACCCGAUGUGUGCCCUGCCGGAGAGUUCCGCUGUGUCGACGGCACAUGCAUCCCCCAGCCAGAGCGAUGUGAUGGCAAAUACCAAUGUCCUGAUGCCUCCGAUGAAGACGAUUGUGGCUGCACUCCUCAAGAAUUCCGUUGCACGGAAGGUACAUGCAUUCCAAUAGAUCAACGAUGCAAUCAAGUUUACAAUUGCAUUGACGGAACUGACGAGAUCGGCUGCCCAACUCUGUGCAGCCAAGACGAGUUCUCCUGCGACACCGUGCGCUGUAUACCGAGAACGUCUGUCUGCAACGGCAUCCCAGAGUGUCUAGACAACUCUGAUGAGCGCGACUGUACACCCGAGCAAUGUUCGGUCGACGAGUUUCGCUGCGACGACAUCCGCUGUGUUCCGCGAGCCUCGGUCUGCAACGGCCUGCCUGACUGCUUCGAUGGCAGCGACGAGGCGGCGUGUGUGAGCUGCAGGCCCGGGUACUGGCUGUGUGCUGAGGGCACGACGUGUGUGCCCCAGAGCGCCGUGUGCGACGCGGUGCCCAACUGCCCCGACGAGUCUGACGAACUUUCCUGUCCGCCCCCCGCGCCCGUUUGUGCUGCUGGAGAAUUUCGGUGCAGCGAAGGAACUUGCAUUGCUGAACAUCAACGUUGCGAUGGUUACACUCACUGUCCUGAUGCUUCCGACGAACUCACCUGUGUCUACGAGUGCCGGCAAGGAGACUGGAUGUGCGGGGACGGAUCUUGCGUGCCGCUGCGCGUCCGCUGCGACGGAGUGCGCCACUGCGCCGACGGUUCCGACGAGACGCAAUGCGUGCCUGUGUCGUGCAGUGCUAGCGAAUGGCCGUGCAGCGACGGUCGUGGCUGUAUCCCCUUGUCGCUACGUUGCGACCGAGUGCUGCAAUGUUCCGAUGGUUCCGACGAAAUUAAUUGUCCAGAAUGCAGACCCGACCAGUGGCAGUGCGUAUCGGACCAGACGUGCGUCUCGAUCUCUCAGCGGUGCAACGGAAGGCGUGACUGUAGCGACGGCUCUGACGAAGCCAACUGCUCACCAGCAUGUGGUCCCGGAGAGUUCAGAUGCAAAGACGGAAAUUGUGUGCCUGAACGAGUCCGCUGUGACGGACAAGCCUAUUGCUUCGAUGGGUCUGAUGAACACGACUGUGACGACGUUCCGCCAGCUGGUUGCGCCUCAGGCCAGCUGCAGUGUAAAGACAACGGUAUCUGUUAUGAUGAGCUUCUCAGGUGUGAUGGGCACGUUUGGUGCCGUGAUGGAUCAGAUGAACUUGAUUGUCUCGCGCGUUGCGACGACUCUGAGUGGCAAUGCACCGACGAUGGCACAUGCAUCCCGCUGUACCUGCGCUGCGAUGGCUCGCCGUACUGCCGCGAUGGCUCCGACGAGGCUAACUGUCAAGCGCCUUCCUGUGGCUCCGGCGAGUUCGUUUGUGCGGACGGAGGCUGCGUGCCCGACUACCUGCGCUGCGAUGGCACGUCGCAUUGCCGCGACGCUUCCGACGAGGCAGACUGUUCGCCCGAAGGAUCGGGCGCCCAGCCUCCUACUGCUCCUGAGGUUGGCAGUGGCGUGGAUCCUUUUGAUUGCUCACCACCUGACUUCUUCCUGUGUGGAACAGGUCUCUGUAUCCCCAUACGAAUGAAGUGUGAUGGCACUACCAACUGCCAAGACUCCUCCGAUGAACGAAAUUGUGACUUCACUUGCACGAGUAGCCAAUUUACCUGCGAACGAGAAAAAAAAUGCGUCCCAAGCGAAGCUGUUUGCAAUGGACGUCCGGACUGUGUGGACGGAUCUGAUGAACGCGACUGUAGUACCCCAGCGUGCGCGUCAGACCAGUUCCGCUGUAGCGACGGUCAGUGUCUGGACAUCAGCCGACGCUGUAACAACCUACCAGAGUGCCGGUCCGGCGAAGACGAGAGAAACUGUCCUGGAGUUCCUACCCCAUGUACUGCCUUCGAAUUCCGGUGUGUUAGCGGCCAGUGCAUUGACGUUCAGUACCGGUGUGAUGGCGCUAGCAAUUGCCCCUUCGAUAACUCUGAUGAACAGGGCUGCCCCUGCCGAGCGUCAGAGUUCCAGUGCACCGACGGCGCUUGCGUCCCCGCCGACCGCGUGUGCGAUCGCUACGACGACUGCCAGGACGGCUCCGAUGAGGCAGCCUGCCCCGAAUCAAAAUGUCCCGCGAAUUCGUUUACUUGUAACAAUGGGGAUUGUGUGGACAUAUCGCAGCGCUGUGAUCGACUGUCUCAGUGCUCUGACAACUCUGAUGAAAUCGGAUGCCCUCAAGUGAAUCGCAAUUGUACUGCUGGUGAAUUCCGUUGCGACGACGGGGAGUGCGUAGACCUGGCCUGGAAGUGUGACUCUGUCGACGACUGCUAUGAUGGCUCCGAUGAAGCUUAUUGUCAGUGUCCGCCCGGCGAGUUUCAAUGUACGGACCUGACUUGCGUGCCUGAAUACCUGCGCUGCGACAGUCGCUUCGAUUGCACUGAUGGUGGAGACGAACAAGGAUGCAGGUCAUGCCACGAAGAUGAUUUCUUCUGCUUGAACGGGGACUGCAUAUCAAGAUCGCAGCGAUGUAACGGCCUGCCGAAUUGUAUUGACGGUUCCGACGAAAUAAAUUGCUGUAUCAGCGGAGAGUUCACUUGCGACAACCAACAGUGCGUGCCGGAGAGCCACAAGUGCAACGGAGUGCGUGACUGCGAGGACGGAUCUGACGAGAACAACUGCGCUGCCGUGAGCCAGUGCAACAGUGUAGAGUGGCAGUGCCAGACUGGAGAAUGUGUCUACCUCACUCAGAGGUGCAAUGGGUUCAAUGAUUGUCCAGACGGCUCCGAUGAGAUAGGAUGUCCAGAAUCAUCUCAACCGUGUCCCGGAGGCUCAAGCGAAUUCCGUUGUUUGGGCGGCGAGUGCAUUCGGCGGACGGAGCUUUGUGAUGGCUACGACGAUUGCGAUAACGGCGAAGACGAGGAAUUUUGUGACACAAUAAAGCCCGUCCAGCCUCCAGACGUUCCUUCUCGAGGUGGAGGAGAGACAUCUUCCUCUACAGGGUUCUGCAGUCCUUCUGAAUUUCAUUGUGCAAAUGGCGAAUGCUUAUCCGCUGUUGUGCGUUGCAACGGCUUUUUCGAAUGCUUAGAUGGAAGCGACGAGAUCAACUGUCCUUUAGAAAAUUGCACCUCUGACCAGUUUCGUUGUGAUUCUGGAGAAUGUCUUGCUAACGCCCUGCGCUGCGACGACUCAUAUGAUUGCCUUGACGCCUCUGACGAACUUCUUUGUGGCGCUUCGUGCAAUGAAUACGAGUUUCAAUGCAACAACGGCGAGUGCGUCUCACAGCGCGUCGUUUGCGACAGCCGGCCUGACUGUCUCGACCGUUCCGACGAAGCUUAUUGUGGGCCCGUUGUUCCCCCCGGUCCAUGUCAAGCGUCGGAGUUUCAAUGUGUGCGCGAUGCCUCGUGCAUCCCUGCCGACCUGCGCUGCGACAGCCGUCCGGACUGUAGGGAUAACUCUGACGAAAUCGACUGCCCAUCCUACAUGGAAUGUUCUGCAUCACAAUUCCGCUGCGAUGACGGACAAUGCGUGUCUCGCUUCGUCCGGUGUGACGGACAGCCGGACUGCUUCGACAACUCCGAUGAGCUGAACUGUGAUGCAAGCUCCUCUACAGCCACCACCAGCGCCCCUCCUUCUCGCCCUCUGUCGUCAUGCACGCCGUUCUAUCAGUUCACGUGUCGCAGCGGACAGUGCAUUAGCAGCAGCUCUGUGUGCGACCAACGUAACGACUGUCCAGAUGCUUCAGACGAAGAAAAUUGUCUAGCUGAUCCAUUCCCUCCUUUUCCUUCUCCUCCCACCACCACUUCCAGACCAUAUCCACCCUUUCCCACAGCUCCUGUUGUUUCCACACCUCGCCCUUAUCCACUCUCUCCUACACCUCCUGUUGCAACAACUCCACGUCCUUAUCCAUCGUAUCCUACUCCACCAACUGCUACCACACCUCGUCCGUUUACUCGUGAUCCAAUAUUUACAUACCCCUAUACCACUCCCAGCCCCGUACCUCCUUACCCACUACCUCCCUCAUCAACCACUACCGAAGUGGGACCAUAUUAUCCCCCUCCUGUCAACGGUACUGGAAUUGGUGGACGUCCUACAGGGGAUCGCUAUUACUGCUCCAGCGGGCAAUCCAUCCCUGGCGACCAGCGCUGCGAUGGCGUGGUUGACUGUCUCGACGGUACUGACGAGGCCGGAUGCGGCGUGUCACGCUGUCGCCCGGAAGAGUUCACGUGCGAGAACAGAGCACAAUGCAUACCAGGCUCGGCCGUAUGCAACGGCCGCUUCGACUGUACCGACUACUCCGAUGAAGGGCCUUUACUUUGCAGCGAUUCUUCUGGAGGCGGUAUCGACGGUCAAGAGUCCAUUCUUCUCAAGACUUACCCUGACCAACAGACCAUCAAGCAGAGUCGAGAGGUCGUAUUCCAGUGUCGAGACGAAGGACGCCUUCGCUCAGCUGUCAGAUGGUCACGCCCGAACAACCAAAACCUGCCUCGGGGCUACACGGACGAACGUGGACGGCUCACCAUACCCAACAUUCAGCUCACUGACGCCGGAGUGUACUACUGCGAGGCCGUUGGGGUACGGCCUGAUACGCCAGGGUCCAGGAAGACCGUCUACCUUGAAGUCGUGCCCUUUGAACUGGCGACUCCUGCACCGGUGCCUACAGCUUGCAACCUGAACCAGGCGACGUGCAUGAACGGCGAGUGCAUCCCCAAGAGCGCGGUCUGCGACGGGGACUCUGAUUGCUCCGAUGCUUCCGACGAAAUGCGAUGCAACCCUCUGGGCUGUGAACCGAACGAGUUUCAGUGCGACAACAAGCGCUGCGUGCUCAAGACUUGGAUCUGCGACUCUGAUGACGACUGUGGUGAUGGCUCGGACGAGCGCAACUGCGGACCUUCUAUUCCAGGCGCUCUUUGCAACAUCAACGAGUAUAGCUGCCAGGCUAUGGAUCAAUGCAUCCCUAAAUCCUUCCACUGCGAUGGAGAGGUCGACUGCCGCGACAUGUCGGACGAAGUUGGUUGCUCUAAACCUACCUUCAUCGAGUCUCCUCCUAGAUCUUAUUCAGUGCAAGUAACAGAGACCUUCACACUUACCUGCCGUGCCAUCGGCGUGCCCGUACCCACCGUCAUCUGGAGGCUCAACUGGGGCCACGUACCCGACAAAUGCACCAUGACCAGCGACGCUGGGUACGGCGUUUUGACAUGCCCGGACGCCCGCCCGACGGACCAAGGGGCGUACUCAUGCGAAGCCAUCAACAUCAAGGGUUCGGUCUUCGUCGUGCCCGACACAAUCGUGACCGUCAUCGGUCAAGAGUCGGUCUGCUCGCCCCCGCAGUUCAACGCUCUCGCCACGACCACGCGUGACUGCCUUACUUGCUUCUGCUUCGGGGCUACCACGGACUGUUACUCCACGGACCGAUACGUUUCCCAGCUGCCGCCGCCCUCGUCAGAUUCCUUCCAAAUAGUUGGCGUUAACCAGGACCAGACGCUCGGCAACUACGUCAUCAGAGACAACGAGUACCCGCUGUCCAACCGCUACGUCUCCACCGACUACCUUGGAUCUGCUGCCUUGAAAGUGCCAGACCGCACUCGGCUGGGCGGACCCAGUGACCUGCUGGUUUACUUCAGUCUGCCAGCCUCGCACCGCGGCGCUCGUCUGCUCUCGUACGGCGGCUACCUGCGCUACACCAUCCGCUACACCGGCGUCGGUGCCGGCCAGAGCGUCAACGGCCCUGACGUCAUCAUCAGGGGCAACGGCCUAACCCUGAAGCACAUCCUAACGUCGCCUCCAGCACCAGGGCAAGACAACCGCGUAGACGUGCGCUUCUGGCCCGGUCAGUGGUAUCGUACCGUGCUGCAGGUCGGCACCCGACUCCUGCCGCAGGUCGCUGCCACGAGACAGGACAUCAUGAUGGUGCUUGAGAACAUGGACCUGCUCCUUAUAAGGGCGCUGUACGUUGACACACUCGCCCUGGAAGCGACGUUGUCAGACGUACAGCUGGACACGGCCGUUACGUCCAACACGGCCCAGGGGCGCGCUGUCUACGUCGAGGAGUGCCGCUGUCCGCAGGGCUACACUGGACUUUCUUGCGAGUCGUGCGCGCCGAACUAUCGUCGUACGAGCUCAGGCGAGUGGCUGGGGCGCUGCGUGCCCGACGUGCAGUGCCGCCCUGGCGAGUACGGCGACCCUGGCAACAACAUCCCCUGUCUACCAUGCCCCUGCCCACUCACUUCACCGCCCAACCAAUUCGGUCAAUCCUGCUUCUUGGACACGGACGGACAAGUGACAUGCAACUGUCCGACGGGCUACGUCGGCCGCCGCUGUGGUGUUUGUGCUACGGGAUAUGUCGGACAACCGACCGCUCCUGGCGGCAGCUGUCAACGGGCCGGCGACUGUGACCCUGCGGGCAGCAAGUACGUCCUGGCGAACCCCAACACCGGCGCCUGCGACUGCAAGGAAUUGACGACUGGGGCGACAUGUGGGGAAUGCCAGGAGGGCAGCUUCUACCUGCACGAGAACAACCCUUACGGCUGCAUCCGCUGCUUCUGCAUGGGCACCACGAGCAGCUGCUACUCCUCCAACCUCUACAGGUCACAGAUAUCAGCCAGUCCCGGCAGAGGCUCGCAAGGCUUCGCUCUCGUAGACCAGGACCAGACCCAAGCCAUCACUGAGUUCCCUGCAUCUUCUGACACUGAGCUGGUCUAUAACUCCUUCCCUAACUCCGUGAACGUCCCAUACUACUGGCGGUUGCCACCGCAGUUCCUCGGCAACAAGAUUACAGCGUACGGCGGAGACUUGGUAUACACGCUACGAUAUGUGCCUUACCCUGGCGGUGCUUCUUCCAGGAACACUGCUUACGAUGUCGAGAUUAAGGGCAACAGCGUCAUCCUCCGUCACUACGGCGGGCGCCAGAUCUCGAGCAGCGCGGCAGAGACAGUGCGCGUGUCGCUCGUAGAGUCCGAGUGGAGACGUCAAGACGACCAGCCUGCCAACAGAGAACAUCUCCUCAUGGCCCUGGCUAAGAUAGAUUACAUCCUAAUCAAGGCUACCUACACUACAGCUACUUCUGAAGUCGCACUCGAGAGCGUACGCAUGGACAUCGCUGAGACCAGGAACACCGGAGGACCUCGUGCUGGGGCUGUAGAGAUCUGCUCCUGCCCUGUGGGGUACAAAGGACACUCGUGUGAAGAGUGUGAGGCGGGAUACACUAGAGGUCUCUCUGGUCUCUAUCUUGGGGUCUGCGUGCCUUGUGACUGCAACGGCCAUUCUGAUGAAUGCAACCCUGAGACCAACGAAUGCAUCAACUGCCGUGACAACACCGCGGGCUUCUACUGCGACGAGUGCUUGCCAGGCUACUACAAGGACCCCUACAGCGGCCGCUGCGAGCGUCGCGAUGGUCGCCCGGACUGCAGUGCGUGCGACCCUCGGGGUGCCGUGUCGGACCAGUGCCUCAAUGGGGCGUGUCAGUGCAAGACGAACGUACAAGGCGACAGCUGCAGUUUGUGUGCCCCGGGAUAUUUCGGUCUGUCACUUACGAACCCCGACGGCUGCCUGCGUUGCUGGUGCAGUGGAGUCACUGACCAAUGCUUCUCCUCCAACUUCCAGAAGAUGCAAAUCCCGAUGAACCUCAUCGGCGAAAACCAUGGAUUUGUCAUCACCAACAGAGCUCGUACUGACGUCAAACGCGAUGGCUUCCGAGUUAAUAUCCGCGACAACCAAAUAACUUACAACGAAAUGAACCUCCUUAACAACCAGGACACCUACUACUGGUCACUGCCGCAGUCGUUCACCGGGAACCUGCUGCCGUCCUACGGCGGCCACUUGGAGGUGACGCAGUUCUACGAGAGCGCCUCUACGAACGUCAUCCGAGAGGCCGAUGUUGUCAUCCGCGGCUCGAACGGUCAGGAGCUCGUGUGGAUGUUGCCUGAACCGCUGCUGCAGAGCCAGAGGAAGAACUACUCGGUGCCGCUACAAGAGACUUCGUUCGUACUCAACCAGUAUCCUGUUACCAGGUCUGAGCUCCUAGAAGUGCUGUCAUCUGUCGAAGUUAUCCUCAUCCGCGCGACGCCGAGCGCCGACAUGAUCUCGACGACACUGAGCAACGUCGUGCUCGACACAGCCGUCUCGUCGCAGACGGGACUUGGACGAGCCGAUCUCGUCGAGCAGUGCCGCUGCCCCAACGAAUACCACGGACUUUCUUGCGAGAGCUGCAUGCCCGGCUUCUACCGUGACAGUCGCACCAACCGUUGCCUGCAGUGCAACUGCAACGGCCACGAAGAAUCAUGCGUCGAGGGACCGAGCGGCAGACCAAAGUGCAACUGCAUUCCUGGAUACUACGGCGACUACUGCGAAAAAUCUGGUGCGUACCCUACAGGAUUUGAGAGUCAGGACUACUAUCAAAAUUUCUAUCCUGCGGAUCAAGGGACGUAUCAGAACAGCUAUCAAAAUGGAUACGAUCAACAAACCUACUAUGAAGCUCCAUUAGAUGCAUAUCAAUCUGAUCCUGCAAGUUACGCUGGCAACGGUUAUGAAGGUGUCUUGGGUAACGGCUAUGGAGAUGAUUUGCCGGUAGGUAGUGAUAAUGGUCACAGCUCGUACUACUCGCUCAACGAGUAUAAUUCGCAAAUAAAUAGCGUACAAAAUUCGCAUUCAUACGUUGGUUAUAACGCCCCGCCUACUGCCUACGUUGCUCCUCCUGUAGCUCACAGUUACUACUACCCUUACCAUCAACCACAAGACACAUAUCAUCAACAACAGCAAGGUUAUGUGCCGGCUGAUGGCUAUUAUAAUGGCUACUACAACCUGCCAUAUGCUUACCAAAUCGGCCGGUGUAUAUCGUUGGAGCUACGACCAUCCAUCAUUAUCUACAAUACCGUACAUCCAUACGAACAUCACGAGUUUGUUUGUUCAUACAACUCGUCGCACCCGCUUACGUUCCGUAUGGAAGUCGAGCCGGCCGUAGGAGGGCCUUAUGCUGCCCCAUUGACGAGACCGAGACCGGAUGCUCUCCAGCGACCGUAUCCAUACGGGGAGAAACUUCGCACUGUCAUAACCCUGGCUCCCCACCACCAGCUUGUGCGAUGUAGUCUUGUAGACAUAAAUGGGUUUGAGGUUGCCAGAGCCAUCACUAAGAUCCGGCACAACUUUUAUGAUGAGGUUAUAAGUCUACCGGAACCUCCCCCGGAGACAGACACCGCAGGCAGCUUCCAGCGAGCCGUCAUAGACGAACCUGUUAUACAAAUUGUGGCCGUUGGCAGUACAGUCACCUACUUCUGUAGAGUCGGCAACCCUCAACAGCACGGUGAUCGCUUGUAUAUUUCCUGGAGCCGUGACAACGGAGAGCUUCCAUACGGCCGAGCCUCUGACGACCGCAACGGCCGUCUCGUCAUCACUCAGGUUCAGACCAGCGACUCCGGUCAAUAUGUGUGCACCAUUUCGGACGGCUUUAACCUCAUCCUACAGACCACGGCCACGCUUGAAGUUGAAGAUCGUCGUGCGCCCGAGCGCCCCACCAUCGUCAUCGAGGAGCGCGAGGAGAGCGUACAGGUGACGGUUGGUCAGUACUUCGAAGUGCGGUGUCGUGCUGACGGCUACCCAACACCGCGUAUCUCCUGGACGCGACUAGACAACCAGCCUCUGCCUGCCGAGGUUGUGGUACAGAAUGGACUGCUGACGUUCCAGCAGCUGACACGGCAGGCGGCUGGCACUUACGUGUGCCGCGGUAUAAACGAGGGUGGACAGGCGCAGGCGACCAUCACCAUCAUCGUCGAAGGAACUUUGCCUGAACCACCAUCACGACCCGUCGAUACCAUCACAGUGACAGUUACGCAGACAGAAGUGGAGGUGUCACAAGGAGGGACGGUCCGCGUCGACUGCUCCGGUCCAGCGCAGUACGCGCUCGCUGCCAUCAGAUGGUCACGCUUCAACGGACAACUUCCUCAGAGCGCUACCCAGAACAACGGUGAGCUGGUGAUCCCUAACGCGCAGCCUGAAGACUCAGGCCUGUACCUCUGCUCCAUACAAACCUCGGACGGCUUCAGCGGCGAGGCUACCACGCGCAUACAGAUCAUCAGGACCUACAACGUGCCUACGGUGCGCAUCGAGCCUGACCGCCAGACCAUCAGCCAGGGCAAGAGCGCCGAGGUUCGCUGCAUCGUCUCUGGGUCACCGCAGCCCACCAUUGUCUGGUCAAAGGUUAACGACGUGUUUGGUCGCGGCGUGACCGUGGACGGCGACGUGCUACGUAUCGUCAACGCUGAGGUCAGCGACCGCGGCAUGUACGUCUGCGACGCUCGCAGCAGCGGCGGCUCUGCUCGCGCUGUCACAGUCAUCGAAGUUGAACGUCGGGAGCCGCCGUCAGUGAAGAUGUACCCCGACACGCGGCAGACUCUGCAGCCUGGCAACACAGCGCUGUUCCAGUGCCAUCUCACGGGGGGCAUACCCAUGCCCGAGGUCACCUGGGCACGAGCUGAUGGUCGACCUAUGGCCUCUAACAUUGAGAUUCUGCCUGGCGGUAUUAUUACGUUCACCCAAGUGACAGGCAGCGAGGCAGGAUCUUACGUGUGCACCGCGCGCAACGAUGCCGGGGAGGUCCGCAGCACAGCCACCCUCGAGAUCAUUGCCCUGCCCACCAUCAGGAUAAACCCUGGCCAGAACCCUUAUCAGGUACUGGAAGGCAGUCGCGUGCGGCUGGAGUGUUCAGCGUCAGGCGACCCGGCGCCUUCUGUGACGUGGUACUUCCUCAGGGCCAACUACCCUACCAGCCUCCCCGGACGCUCGCUCUCGCCGUCCUCUGUAGAGUAUGAGAUCUCGAGCAUCUCUCCUGAGGACUCGGGCAACUACCGCUGCACUGCCACCAACGCUGCAGGCUCCACCGAAGAGUACAUCCAAGUGAUCGUGACCCCUACGCUACCUGGGACCCCGUAUCCUCGACCCCCCGUGGACAGACCCGUGCCAUCAGCACCCGUGGACAGACCCUUGCCGCCCAGACCCUUCCCGCCCUCGCGACCUGUUACAGAGAGCACACGGAUCAAUGUCGGGUCAACCUUCGAAUUUUCUUGUUUAGACCGAGAAAGUCCCAGCUCGGGCGUGGUCGUAACGUUCCGCCGCGCCAACAACAAACCUCUGCCUGCAUCUCACCACGUCGACAACGGCGUGCUCACCGUCUACAAUGUGCAGAAGGAAGACGGUGGAGAGUACGCUUGUGUUGGGUCCAGUACGGCCGGUGGUCAAAUUCUCUUCACCGUCUACCAUGAAGUCUACAUCAUCGCACCACCUGUGAUCGAGCUGGAGCCAGUGCGACAGGUGGUGCGACCAGGUGACACGGUCUCGCUGCUCUGCAAGGCCACAGGCGACCGUCCUAUAACCAUCACGUGGGCGAAGGAGGGAGCCCGUAUGCCGCCCUCUGUCAUCAUCAACGAUGGCGAGAUGAUGUUCCGCGGCAUCACUCCCAGCGACGCCGGACGCUACAUCUGCGAAGCCGUCAACGCUGCCGGCACCGCGCGUGCAGUUGCAGAGGUCGUUGUCAACGAAGAUCCGCUGGUGACAGCGCUGCGCCAGAACAUCCGUGCAGUUGAAGGCACAACCGUUGACCUGCGCUGCGAGGUCUCAGGCUUCGACCCCAGCCGAAUGCGGUGGUUCAAAGACGCUAGCGUCUUGCCUCCCAACGCUCUACCUCGUGCCAACGUCUUGACAAUCCGCGACGUUGACGUCAACAACCAGGGCCGUUACACGUGCGAGGUCGUCAGAGAGGACGGCUCUCGAGGCUCCUCCGACUUCAUCGAGCUCAUCGUCGACCGUAAGCCUGAGCCUGUACCUUCUGUGACAGAAACUUCGACAACUAAGCCUUGGUUCUACUUCGGUGUUGGAUGUGUAAAUAGCAUUUCUCGUUCUACUUAUGUUGUAUAUAACCAUGUCUUCUAUGCGUGCCGGAUAGGUUCAGGUAGCAUUGACAUUCGCAUCGAUGCGGACCCUCUCAACCCACGCGUCGGCGAGACCGUGGAGCUGACGUGCAGCGUGACUGGCGACCCAGGAGCUUUGGUGUCGUGGUCGCGCUCCGGACGCAGACUGCCCCAGGGCGCGCGUCAGUACGGCAACCGUCUGCGUAUUGCAGACCUAAGACCCGCAGACAGCGGCAUCUACACCUGUGAAGUGUCUGCCAUCAGCGGUUCCUUUGAAGAGAACUACGCCCUCGUGCUUCAAAACUUGGUGGCCAGCGAUGUGGUGAACUACGCCCCGAACGCGCGGUCUGUAGAAACUCGGUCAGCGGAGUUUGGCUCAACCGUCGUGAUGAAGUGUCAGCCAGAGUUGGAGCCUCCAGCGUCCUUCACGUGGAUGAAACAAGACGGACAGUUGCCUAUACAAGCAUCCGUGCGGGAGGCCACGCUUGAGAUCCCCGGUGUUCACGCCGACGAUGCGGGCACUUAUCUCUGCACCGCGCGUAACGACGUGCGAUCCGUCGAUCUGCCUAUCAUGCUCAUCGUCACCGGCGUCAUCCCCAAGUUCAUGGGCAACUCGUACCUCGCGCUGCCUACACUACCAGACGGCUACCUGCGCUUCGAGAUCGAUAUCUCAUUCAAACCCGAGUCUCCUAAUGGUCGCAUGAGCGUCGACGGGUCAGCGUCAGUAACAGGAACGGCAUCAGGCCGUCAUGUGGGACUAGAGCUGCUGAAGCCCAUGUACCUCGGAGGCGUGCCGGAGGGCUUCGUUCUCAACAGCCAAGCCAACUUCACGCGUGGCUUCCGUGGCUGCAUUGCCAGACUCGUCGUCAAAAACUCCAUCGUGGAACUCCUCAGGGUAGCUGAGCAAAAGGUCAACAUCGAAGACUGCAACACGUGUGGGGACAGCCCGUGUAACAAUGGAGGGAUCUGUCAGGAGUCAUACACGGAAACUGGCCACAAGUGCCUCUGCUCUGCUGGAUAUACUGGUGCAUCAUGCGACAAAACUGGCGACACAUGCUAUCCUGGUCUAUGUGGGGGUGGUCGGUGCGUGAACCGUCCCGGGGGCUAUGAUUGCUUCUGCCCCUACGGCAAGACGGGCAUCCACUGCGAACACGACAUCGUCAUCACAGAACCUGCCUUCGCCGACGGCUCGUACAUCGCCUACCAGACUCCCAGCGCCAUCAAGAGGUUCUCUUUCGGACUCAAAGUUAAACCUACUGAGGAGAUGAAGGAUGGCCUUCUGAUGUACUGCGCUCAGGACGAACAAGGUGAAGGGGAUUUCACUUCCUUGGCUCUUAGGAACAAGAAACUUGAAUUCCGCUUCAAUACCGGCACCGGCACAGCCACGCUCGUCAGUGAUGAACUGACACCCGGGGCGUGGGUUAAGAUCCACGCAAAUCGCACGGACCGCAUGGGUUCGCUUCGUAUCGACGACGGAGAAAUGAUCCACGGCGAGUCUCCGGGAGCGCACAAAGGUCUCAACCUGCGCAUCCCGCUCUACGUCGGGGGCGUUGACACCAGCAAAGUCGAGGUGUCCUCCGAGGUUGAGGUGUCCAAUGGUUUCUCUGGAUGCAUCUCGCAGAUAAACGUAAACGAGCGCGAGAUGAACAUGGCGGACAUGGGCAACAGCCUGGUAGAUUCUGCAAACAUCGGACAAUGUGAGGGGGCAGCGAACCCCAGCGGGGCUUGCAGUCAACAGGACCCCUGCACCAACGGUGGUGUGUGUCACGACGACGCCCACGACAAUUACCACUGCGUCUGUCCCCUCGGAUUUACGGGACGCCACUGCGAGACUGAAACGCCAUUGGAGGAAUCAGCUUCGUUCUCCGGCAAGUCUUGGGUUGAGUUCGGCCGCGAGCUGAUCAAGAGCGACCGCAACGAGCGCAGCGUUGCUUUAGAGUUCACGACCUCGCAGCCUGACGGGGUGCUGCUCUGGCACGGUCAGGGCCCCAGGACUUCCGGCACUGGGCUUGACUUCUUCAGCAUAGCGCUGGAAAAAGGUUACGUGGAGCUGAGAUAUAAGACUCGUGAUGGCGAGAGUUUGGUGCGGUCUCUUAACCGCGUCGACGACGCGACUCGCCACAGCCUGCGAGCGACAGUAGUUGACCAGCUGGCAACGCUACAGAUCGACAACUUGCCUGUCGAGACGGCUACUCUACCGUCAAAUGCUCCCGUCAACGCGAGAGGAGGCGUCUAUCUGGGUGGCGUUCCCGACGUGGAGCUGAUGACAGGCGGCCUGUACAGCGCAGGUUUCGACGGCUGCCUACACGGAGUGCAGCUCGGCAAGACGCGCGUCAACGCCAUCUCUGAGAGCGCGUUGUCCGGCGUCGACGUUGUCGCGUGCUCAAGGUUCCGGCGAACUACUCGCACACAAGCCAAUAUCCCUUGGCCCUUCCUUCCCAACCAAACAUCGAUUUCUUUCCUUCCUCCCUCAUCCUCAGUUGCCUUUGCGUCUGCCCUCUCGUCAGGUCCUUUAGACUCUUCUCCAUCAUCUGCAUCCUCUGUUUCCUCAUCCUUUGUUUUCCUUCUGUACGGAUUUUUCCUAUGUUUCUUCGUUGGCGCCGCGAACGCUGGACUUUGCUCCAGUUAAGGAUCGUGUGAGCAUCAGCCUUCAAUGGCAUCUUACGACCAGCGAAGUUCAGAGCGCAACCAACGAACAAGUUCCGGCUGCGCAAGUCUCGGCAGCCGACGACGCUAUGUUUUUUAACACUGAAAUAAACUCGAUAAAAAAACACACUAAAUUCUCGAUACUAAAUUCUGUUUUUUAACACUCAAAUUCUCGAUACCAUCGAUUUGUAAUCCGGAAUAUUAUUGCUAGAUGAGGACGGAAAUCAUGCUGAUAUUCGAAAAAAAAAUUUAUUUGAGAACUUUUCUUUCAUUGUUCGAAAAAAAUUCAAAAUUUUUAUUUGAGAAUUUUUCUUUCAUUGAUUCUCCGAGGUUUUGAAAUAUGUACAUUAACUUUGUCAUUAAUGCUUAACUGUUGUGAU